GUGACGUGUAACAAAAGAUAUUUUAAAUUCAAUAUGCACAAAAAUAUGGUCUUUACAGGUCCCCUAAAAGUAGUUUAACAUGUUCUUAUAAUCCAAAAGAAUUUAAUGGGAUACAAUUCUGCCCUAAGAUUUGUUGAUGGAAACAACCCUAUUGGACGUCACUGUACUUAAAUGUCGACACCGAGGAUAUUUGAUAUUUUUGCAUGAGCCAAUUUUUUACAUUUCGAAUAUUAUAUAAACGAUGUGCUGAUAUGUGGUGAAAUCGAAAAAUACUCUUUCUCGGGCUCGAAAUCGGGUCUGAUAUCAGGCCUCCUAAAGUGUGGAUGUAAUUGGCUCUAGACCUACGAAGGUUGAGGUAAGGAAAGAAAUCUCCAUAUACCAAAAAGUGUCAUCAAAAAACCUUAAAUAGGUGGCGCUCCAAUACCUAGAGUACUUGAACAAAAAAAUCAAAUCAUAGACAGCGCAGGUCACUCCCAAAGAGCAUAUAAUCACUACGUGUCACUCCGUCAAUAACGCCUAGGUUCUUAGCUACACUAGCGCUACUCUGGAGAGAUUUGGAACUAUUAUUUAUAGCUGACAGCUGGACACUUUUGCAACAGUUCUAUCGUAAGAGAUUUCUCUCCUCUUAAAUUCCAUAACCUAUAUGAAGUUACCUGCAGUUCUGAAAUGACACUACUGACACUGACAGACAUGUUGACUGCUUUUACAUUUCAUAUUUAAUGGCACAGGCGGUCAUGUAGUCUCACUAGUCUGUUUAUUAUAUCUUAUUGUGAUGAUUACAAUAGCUUUAUUAUGUCGCCUGGAUAGAAAUUCACUGACAGUCUUUGUCUUGAAAACUCUCAUAAUGAGAUCUGUAAAAUUUCUCAAAAGAUUCUUCGUUAUGGCUUUAACUUUAACUGCAGUGUUUCUUUUUUUCUUCUGGAACAAUAUAGGAAUUCAAAGCUUGCAGAGCUUGGCCCCUGUACCGAUACCAGUGAAGAAUAAAGUGUGUCACGUUAACUUCGAUGAUGAAAGAAUUCAACUUGUUAGUAACAAGACAGAUUUGAAAAUGAUUUAUUUCGUGACGCCGACGUACCCGCGGCCAGAGCAGGUGCCCGAGCUGACUCGGCUCGCUCACACGCUCAUGCACGUGCCCCGCAUCCACUGGAUUGUGGCCGACGACCAGCCGCUCUGCUCCGAACAAGUCGCGAAUAUCCUUAGACGUUCUGGACUUCCAUUCACACACAUAUCCAGCCCGAAGCCAUAUACUUAUAAAGUCGCCAACUUCCCACGUGGAGUAGCAAAUCGUCGUGUAGCCCUGUCCUGGCUUCUGGCUAACAUAAAUGAAGGCGUUCUUUACUUCGGCGAUGACGAUAACACGGUGGACCUGCAACUCUUUGAUGAAAUUAGAGAUACUAAAAGAGUAUCCAUGUUUCCUGUGGGUCUUAUUGGAGGAUACGGCGUUUCUGCACCUAUUGUAAAAGACGGGAAGGUAGUCGGGUUCUUCGACUCGUGGCCGGCCGCGCGGAGGUUCCCAGUCGACAUGGCGGGGUUUGCCGUCAACAUCGAAUUUCUCAAGCCGUCCGCUACUAUGCCAUAUAUCGCAGGACAUGAGGAAGACAUGUUUCUUGUUAGUUUAGGAGUAAAGUUAGAGGACAUAGAACCAUUAGCUGAGAAUUGCUCCAAGGUGCUCGUGUGGCACACCAAGACGUUAAAAUACCCCAAACCUACAUUGAAGAUAAAUAUUAACCAAUAUGAUAAAUCACUCUCGCCAAAGUAUGAAAGUUUUGUGAAUUUGCUCAAGGAAAUUUCUAGACAGGGAAUGGCUGUUUUAGAUGCCAAAACUGGAACAAAAACAUUAGUGAUACGAGAUAGGAAAACAUAUGAAACUUUAGUUGGCCUUAAUUAAUAUACGUAAAUUGUAAAGGUCUUCGCACACUAUACCAAUUCCACACCAACUCAACUCACUUUUGGUUCACCUUAGUGGACGACGAGUGGACGACGCGGAGACCACCCGACAGUUACCUAAAUUUUAAAAUUGUACUAUAGGACAUAGAAGAUAAGGCUUUAAUUUCAAUAUUUAAUUUUGAGUCGAGUGGCUGUUGAGUUGUAACAAUGUGCUAAGACCUUUAUCUAACCUGUUGAUCAUUAUGGCUCCUCUACACGAUGGCCCAGCGCUGGACCAACGAGAUGGCCACGCGAUGGUUUCUCAACUGAUGGUUUCCGAUGGUGUGCUCUCGCACGCACUAUGGAAUGAGCCACGUGUAGAUGCGUACGCACCAUCACUGGCCCACUACCUUUGAUGUGCGGAUGAAAAACCGACACAAUGGCCAUUACAUCGCCAUCCCGCCGCGCCAUAAGCCAUCCGACACCACUACCCUUUCUAUACGCUGACCCAUCUUAGUGGUCCAGUAUGAUGGCCCAUCGUGUAGAGGAGCCAUUAGAGAAUGUUCCUAGUUUAAUAUGGCAUAUUUUAUAGUUCUGUCUCGCGGGGUUGUUUGUAACGUGUCUUAUACCGUAUAACACAUUCACCACAACUAAAUAUAAAUAUAUAUAAUUAUAAUUUAGGCUUCUAUAUUAUAAUUGUCUCGGUUCGAAAUAGUCCCACGAGAUGGCACCUAAUGUUUAAUUGAAUUUAAUCUAUUGAGCCUCGUGCUCGAAAAAAACAGUUCCUUUAACUAUCGCGCUGUGAGUAUUUUUUUAUGUAAAAUACAACAAUACAGCUAGUGCGCGUUGGGCUAGUGGCAUACCAACGAAUGCUACAUGGAUAAAACACUUUGGUCGAAUAUUUGAUUACGUGAGAACUCGGUUAAAAAUUUAAUGAAUUUUCGAAUGUCACAUGUCUCCUACGGUUGUUAUGUGUGGUAGGGCAGAGCAGUUAAAAAACAAUUUGCAUAAAUUUAUAUUACCAUCGCGAAUUUUCGAGUUCGCAUCAUCGCUUAUGAGAUAAAAAUUUAACAUGCAAAGCAAUAUUUGGGGCCUUUUUAGUAGUUGUUUGUUAAUGUAGCGUGGGCUCAGGGAAUUUUACAUUAAGUGUAUUUCGAAAAUAAGAAGUAAUAAAUUAGUCAUAAAUCAUAUUUAACAAAACCAUAACGUUAUAAAAAUGUAUAAGUAGCUUCGUUCUAUUUCCCCCUUUUCUCUUGAACUUACAGUGUAUUUUUUUGUUUAAUGGGCCCACGGUUUAAAUAUAGCCGUAGUAUGAAUGCUAGCUGAUACGAAUAGUUGCCUAAAUAAUGUAAUUCGUUUCAAUCCUUUUACUUAUUAUAUGAUCUUUUCCCAUAUUAAACUACAUUGCGCGAAUUCUAAUAUUUGUAUGUGCCUACGGACCUGGAACUGUGGAUAUUCCACGGUUAUAGGUACGACGUAAGGAAAAAAUAUUCCAUGUCGCUUUGCGAAGACAAGUUCUUACGAAAACUUAUCCGGAUAUGCGACGGACCAUUUUGCAGCGCAUUUUUGUCAGAAUUUUAUUUUACGAAAUAAUUUUUAAGAAAAAAAAAACUGACUUCAUUGUGGGAGACCGGUGAAAGAACGAUUAUUGUUGAUUUUAGAUUUCAUACAAUGAAAUUAAAAAGACAGCGUCCUACGCCUAAUUAUGUAGAUAAGGAGGUAACAUGUUUAUUUUUUUGCCACUGCACCCACCUUGACACAUUUCAGAUUUGCCUUAUGGUUGACUGGUAAGAUACCCGCAAUAGGGUAUUCGACUGUAUUUAAGAUAAAUUAUUUCACACCAUGCAUGAAAUAAAGCACCAGAUAAAUAUUUAAAAAAAAACUAAAUAGGAUAGAAAUAUAAAAAUGUGCCUUGAAAACCUAACUGCUUGGCAAAGAUAACAAAUUGCCAAACGUGAACUAUGCCUCAAUGAAGAGUUCCGUUCUGUUCAUCAUCAGCAGUUCCAAUUCAUCAAAUGUCACUUCUAGAAAUGUAAAUACUUGAUUUGUUAACGAAAAUACUAUGAUCACUAUAUAUAUAUAUAUAUGCCUUUAACAUUUGAGGAGUUCCACUAGACAGUAGGACGCUGUCUUUUUAAUUACAUUGUAUGAAAUCUACAAUCAACAAUAAUCGUUCUUUCACCGGUCUCCCUCAUUGAAGUCGGUUUUUUUUUCUUAAAAAUUAUUUAUGUAUAUACCAUGUGUGGCCUGUAACACGAGCAUAAAAUUAAACUGUAGGCUGUACUCCUCAAACUAAACAACCAAAUGUUGUUUGCUCAGCAACUUUGCUCGUGUUACAGGCCACACCCAUAUGAUCUGAACCUACCUUUUAUAAUUAUAGAAUCUCGGAAAAAAAUCACAGUAGAAACUCUAAAAGAUCCUGUUGACAUACUUAAUUAUGUGUAUGUUAUUAAUAGUACCUAUUAAUGAUUAUCGAAUAUUUACGAAUCUCAUAGGAUUUGUUUUUUAGUUUUAGUAGACGUAGCUAUUCAAUUUGUUUGCAAAGUUGUUUGGUUUAACCUUGUUUUCACUUUUUGCAAUUGUUUUACUAAAGCCUGUUAAACCUAAUUUUAAUUGUAUAAUGUAUCUUUUUAAUGUCAAGAUAGACAUAAAAAUAUAUUGUUGACUGUUUUGUUAUCAACUGAGCAAUAUUUUUUGUCGUCGGUUACGGACACCCGUAAGAUAUAGUAGUAAAUAAAAUGCAGUAAUUCGUAUUUAUAGUGUGUCAACACGUUCGUAGCCAAAUAAGCGUUUCACGUGUUUUUACUACACGCGUAGGUAAGCUGGAACAAAUAACGGUAACUUUUACUAAGGUCAAUGUUACAUACAGAUACGGAGUGUUUUGUGUGUAGAAGGUGGCACAAUGUUUGCAGUAUGCACUGUUUAGGGAAUUGAUUCACGAAACCACUUACAUACGUCCAAAUCGGUGAGAGAUUGCACUAGAAUUAAUAUGUUAGAUAGAGUAAUUUCGUUCGUAUAUUUUUUGUGCAAUAAACAUUAAAUUUAAAAAAGGUUACUAUGGAAAUCUAUAUAAAAUGAUACCCACUCAAGGGUCUAGCAGGAUAAGCUAACAAGAGUGGCCCCCUCGAGGGAUUUGGAUAUACGUUAAGGUGGAGUAGUGGUUAAAUCUAAGGACACUGUAUGCCUUAUAGCAGCCUUCGAUCUUAUUUUGCUUCAGAGUUAUUUACAAUAAUGUUAAAAAAGCAAAGUAAUUUUUAAACUUUUAUAUUAGAUUAACUAAGCAUGAGAGUGAAACCAAAUAAAUUCAGAAUAGAGGAAGAUAAAAUGGGGUUAAUAAUCCUAUUAAUAAACAUAUUUUUACUGACCUUCAUGCAGUUCAUCUUAAAUGAAAAAAAAAAGUUUUUUUUUGCCGCUUCUUGUGGUGGCUCAACUACAAAAAAAAAUUACCUGACAAUCCACAACUGUCAACUACGUAAACAUUUAAUUUUUUUUUUAUAUAUCUUGGUGCGUCAUGUCAAAAAAAUUAAAUAAACGAACGUAUGUUUACUAUAUCAUAUCAUAUCAAUAGUAGAAGAAGGUAUCCUCUUUCGUUCAUUAUGAAAUAAUUCAUUGACAUUGAUCAAUGACAUUACGAUUUUUUUUACAGGUAUAGUGUGAAUAAGGUAAGUCUGCAUCCGUCAACCACGACCUAAUGUGCCCAUCAACCCUCUUUCUGUGAUGUGACCGACCACAACAGACUUACCUUAGAAGGGCUCUACUCAUUUGCCACUACACUAUAGUAAACGUACGUUCGUUUAUUUUAAUUUUUUGACAUGACGCACCAAGAUAUUAAAAAAUAUAUAUUUACGUAGUUUGUCAGUUAAUUUUUUUGGUAGUGCCACCGCAAGAAGUAGCAAAAAAAGGAAGCGAAAAAAAAAAAACAUUUUUGACAUGACAUGAAGGUCUGUAAAAAUAUGGAUUAUUAACCUCAUUCUAUCGUCCUCAAUUCUGAAUUUAUUUGGUUUCACUCGCAUGCCUAGUUAAAAAAUUAAAAAUUACCUAGAUUUUUUUUUACAUUAUUGUAAAUAACUCUGAAACAAAAGACGAUCGAAGGCUGCUAUUAGGCAUAAAGUGUCCUUAGGUUUAACCACUACUCCACCUUAAAGUAUAUCCAAAUCCCUCGAGGGGGCCACUCUUGUUAGCUUAUCCUUCUAGACCCUUUACUCAGAAUAUAUAAAUAUACAUAUUUGUGGAUAGUUAAAAAAAAAACACUAAUGUCGGUCGGUUGCACCAAACGGUCUGUCACCGUUAAAGUGUUUGCUAAAUUUUAUUUAAUGGGAAAUUUCAUAGGUCACUACUGACUCUACUGAGUGACGUUGGCCAGACCGUCAACUGUGGUUGGUGGAACUGGUACUUUGUUGAAUCUCGUAAUGUUUAAAUCAUCCAUUCUAAGAUACUAAAUAGUUAAACAUACGGUGGUGAAAUGUUUGAGAUUUGAUCGUUAUUAGUUGUGGGGUUAUUACCAAUUACCACCAAGUUGUUACCAGUGGCAACUACUGGGAAUUAUUUCCUACCUUUUACCACUGGUAACUACGGGGAAAAAAUCUCACCUUUUACCAUUGGUAAUAAAUGCUGGGAAUAAAUGCUAGUAGCUCAUGCAUGAAGUGCAGUUACAGUUUGGGGCAAUAAAAUUAGUCUGUUUAGUAAACAAUGACCCGUUGCCAUUUGAAUGUAGGAAUGUAAUUUUAAGGGUUAUAGAACGUGUAAUUUACUAUGUAUUGAUAAAUUGGUUAUUUAGUAGGUAUGGUUGUAAUUGUACGCUCCAAUGUUUUAUUUUAUUAGUCUCGUACAAUAAUAAUAGUAGCAAUUUAAAUAAUAUAUCAAUUUAUAACCAUGUCAAAAGUUACAAUAAGAGUAUUUAUAGACCGCGCUAGAUAGUGUGGUACGAUACGACCAAGGCACUGUUUUCCUCGCUCAGCAUUUACAUAAACAAGAAAGAAUACUACUACAAUAUAAGCUGUAAUAGAAUAAGACAAGCAGUGGCUUUCAAGUUAAUUUCUUUGUGACCGUUAUAAUUCCCGCAGUACCUCGUCUUCAACAGCGUGAAAGAAAGUUACCUGGCACGACCACACGAUGUUGAGAGGUACUGCGGUCACUGCCUUGGACUAUCGGAAUGGUAGAAACUAAGAGUACCUACAGACACCAAUAGAUGUAUUGCAUCUGCCAAAUUGCCCAAAAAUACAUGCACUCUAACACCUUGAGAAUAGAAGCGAGUCGUGUGUAGAUUAGUCAACUAUACCUUAGCAUGAACAGCUCCGAUAUGUCUGAGUAAAAUGGACAUAUGUAGGGUACCUAGUAAAAUGUAAUUUUAUAAUUGCAAACGAAACCCUGGUCAAACAAAACCGUGGUCGUGUCGUAUGUAGCACGUGCUAUAUGCCCGGGCCUGUUAAGUUUAAACCCAUGGGCUCGAUCCCACCCUGUCCACUUGUCCAGGCAUGCCCUGCUAUUCCUCUACAUAGUGUAGCAUAAGGAUUAUGGGCGAAUCAACUCUUUGUUCGACAAUUUCGAGUGUCUCUUGCGUUACUCAAAAUGUCCCUGGAGUUACCAAGAAAUCUGGCAGGUUUAAUAGAUGGGGCCUUAAAUGUUUUAACAUAUACCCUAAACUGAAACAUACAAAAACCAAUAUUUAAAGGUUGAAAAUUUGCAACGAAAAAGUUGUGGACAGAUUUGUGUCGGUCUAAAAGGUGAUUCGCCCUUAUACAUAAACAAUAUCACUUACAUUGAAAUCAAUGUAAUACACAGACAAAGUUAUAAUUUACUAUGAAUAAGAACCGUAGUUAUUUUGAUUUUAUUUUAUUGUGGAACAAAAUAAAUAUAAAUGCAGUGCUGCGGUGUAAAACGCAGGCAAAGUACAAAAAAAUGCAAUUGACAAUAACUGUCGAUUAAUCCUGAAUUGUACAGGUGAUUUAUGAGACUACAUAGAUAGGAAACGUGAUAUUUACUUAGUUGGUAUGUAAUGUUUUAGCAAAUAACUUUGUUUGAAUCAUGGAACUCCUUAGGUUUCAUGUAAUUCGUAAAAAACGAUAUGUAUAUAUGUUAGGUUAAAAUAUUCCUGCUCUCAUAAAUCAACCUGUAUAUCUGGUUUAUUAUUCAUAAUAAACGAAAUGAAAGUAUGUAAAUGUGAGGUUUGGUCCGAUUUUAACCUCAGUUUAAGUUUAAAUAUGAUAUUGUAUUAUACAUAUUUAAUAGCGAUGGUAAAAGAUACAAAUUGGUGAUUUUUGAUAGUGUCAAGGGCAAAGCAAAUAGGUAGGUAUACAAAGACAAGUGUGUGAAGGUAUUCCAUUCAGUGCCGCAUGCCUUAACUCUGUUGUAGACGUUGAAGUUAUUUAUUAUCACUGCAUUUUAAGGCUUGCUUAUGAUGUUUCAAUCGUAUCUUAUCAAUUUAUCGUACUUUUUAUCUCUGCCAUAUCCCUACCAAAGAUGGCGCUCCAUUUAUUAAAAUGGAUCCAUGCCUAAAACACCAUAACUUUCAUUAUAGUUUUGUAACUGUGUCAUUGUUCGUAAUCUUACGUUUAAAAGUUAUACCAAAGAUACAUUGAUUGAGUAAGAUGUGUAAAAUCUAAGACAAUUUCGUGCUACGAAUUUGAUAGGUAAACGAGAUGGCGCUGUAUUGCUUCAUACAUUUUACGCCAUUUGCUUUGUCAAACUAAGGGGCACGUUUAUCACUUACACUUUACCUCUCUAUUACAAUCAAUGAUAUUUGGUUAUAUUUACAUAUCAGUAAGUUCAAAAAUAAUAAAUAGCGCCAUCUACAAUUAUGCGGCACGCUGCCUUGUACUGCCUUAAAUUAUUGGUUUACCAAUGUAACCUUCAUAUUAUUUUACAGUACAUAUUACGUUACUGUGUCAAACAUUUAAAGGGCCAUAAUUAUGUACUGUAAAACGUUGUACGAUACAUGUGCGAAUAGGUAAUUCGCAACUCGUGUCGAUUUAAAACACUCCCUUCGGUCGUGUUUUAAUUUAUCGCCACUCAAUUCGAAUUUCCUAUUUUUCGCACUUGUAUCGUAAUGUACUAUUACAGUACAUAUGGUGUUACUUUACCGCACAAGUGCGGUAAUUGGCACUUUACGUGCCUAUGUCGGUAGUUUAAAGAAUCAUAUGUACUGAAAAAACCCUUAAUGUGAACAUAAUUUGCCUAUGAUAUGAACGUUUUAAUUGGAUUGGUGUCAUAAUUUUUAUAAUUUUAAAUGACAUAUAAAAUAUUCAAAUA